UUCUAUCUAUUAAUUGUAGAUACAAAUAUUAUUAAAUAUAACUUCAUAGAGUUAGUGUGUGUUACUGUAUAUGUGUUGAACAGUAAAACAGACCUUAAUUCAUAAAGCAAUGAGAUUUUGAGACAGAAUAAGUCAUUUAUUAUACGUUUUACAUAAAGCACCUUUAAAGUAGCGCGUAGUCUGAAAAGUAAAGUGGACUGGUAGGGAAAUGAUGGGAUCUCUUGUUGUGUUAAAAUCAAGGACUUGCAUAAAGCAUCUAUGCACAUCAUGGGUUGUCAACCCCUUGUAUCUCAGGCCUGCUUUGGCUUGUUUACCACAACAAAACAUUGUGCAUGCUGUCAGGUUUAUCAUAAAUCCACACACACAAUAUUACAGCACAAAAGGAGACGAACAAGCACACGGCCGAGUUGCUAAAGAAAAAGGGUUCACUCCCAGAACAAGGCCUGCAUUCCCAAAUUCAGUAUUUACUGCUGGAACAGCCAGAAGAACGGCUGAAUAUAUGAAAAAGAGAGCUGGGGUGGAUACAGAAGAGCUAUCAAAUAAUACACCUUCGAGAGGCAGAGGGUCUGUGAAAGUUACCCUUCCUGAUCAUCCGCUGACCACAUCCGAAUGGGCAAAGUUCAAAGAGAGUUCCUCCAAACCUGAUCGCUUUGAGAUGCACAUGAUGGAAGGACUGCUGGCGGCUAAUGCAGACAUCAACAUCGCCAAAUCUCUCUUGGCCUACGUGGUUCAGGACAAAGGCACCCUUUCUUACGAACUCCUUUUGAGGUACCUCACACUGUGUGUCACGGGUGGGCACCACUCGGAAGUGUUUGACACUUACGACAUCAUGAGAACUUGCUUUAAGACUCUUGACACUGGAGCCUCGUCCCUGUUUAUUAAAGGUUUCAGUCAAACUGAACGCUGGAGGGAGGCGCUUGAGGUGUUGGAGGGGAUGAAAAAGGCCCUCCUGCCGUCUCCUCGUAACUAUAGUGAUGCCAUCGCUGGGGCGGCACUUCAUGGUGACGCUGGGACGAGCUGGAUGCUGUACGAUGAGCUCCUGGAACUGGGUCUCGUACCUAAUCAGGACACCUGGCAGUGCCUGUUUCAGAGCGGCAUCACUCAGCGUGGACAGGAGGACAAACUCUUUUCUGUCCUGUCAUAUAUGAGAGAUAAUCAGAUCUACCCUGAGGAGCCGCUGAUUAAAACUGUCAAAGCUUGGUUUGAGAGUUUACCGGAUCAGAAAUGGAGUGGGAAGUUCUCAUUUGUGGUCCCCAGUGGAGAGUGCACAAACUGCAAGGCAUCACUUGAAUCCAUUCAACUGACUGAGGAAGAGUAUGCUGAGCUGAAGGACAAAGUGAUGAAGAAAGUGAUAGAAGGAAGCGACAUCUUCAAGAAAACCACCCCAGAGGAGCUUAAAGGCUUUAAGAGUUUUGUGAAGCAGAGACCCCCCUUUGAUAUUGUCAUUGACGGUCUUAAUGUGGCUAACACAACACCCAAGGCCGCCCACUCUGAGACGUUGCUGGCAGUCGUAUCGGAGCUGCAACAGCAGGGUCUGAACAUCCUGGUCCUUGGCAGAAAGCACAUGCUACAACCUUCCCGGAACUGGGACAGACAAAACAUGAGCAAGAUCAAGCAGAAAGCCCACUGUUUCUUCACCGAGAACAUAUCUGAGGAUGACCCGUUUCUGCUGUAUGCUGCUUUGCACUCUGGCGUUCACUGCAACUUUCUUAGUCGUGAUCUGAUGAGAGAUCACAAAGCCUGCUUGCCAGACAGUGCAACCAGACGCCUCUUCUUCAAGUGGCAACGUGGCCAUCAGCUGGUGAUCAGUCAUUACGUCCCAGGAAAAAGAGUUCGAUUUCAGAGGAUCUCAGCAUAUGACACCAUCGUUCAGACCUCUGGCAGCUCCUGGCACAUUCCAUAUGAUGAGAAUAGAGGAGAUAGAGCCACAUAUGAAGUUCCUCAGAAAUGGCUCUGCCUCACUCAAGACCAUUGAGGCUGGAGUUACUACUAGUGUG